AUGUCAACAUUGGCCCCCCUGCGCCUGCUGCGUGAGCCCUGGAACACCAGCGAGGGCAACCAGAGCAACGCCACAGCCGGGGCAGGCAGCACCUGGUGCCAAGGGCUGGACAUCCCCAACGAGCUGUUCCUGGCACUGGGGCUGGUGAGCUUGGUGGAGAACCUGCUGGUGGUGGCUGCCAUUCUAAAGAACAGGAACCUGCACUCGCCCACCUACUACUUCAUCUGCUGCCUGGCCGUCUCUGACAUGCUGGUGAGCAUCAGCAACCUGGUGGAGACCUUCUUCCUGCUGCUGCUGAAGCACGGCCUGCUAGUGGUCUGCGCCAGCGUUGUCCGCCACAUGGACAACAUCAUCGACCUGCUCAUCUGCAUCUCUGUGGUGUCCUCUCUCUCCUUCCUGGGGGUUAUUGCUGUGGACCGCUACAUCACCAUCUUCUACGCCCUGCGCUACCACAGCAUCAUGACCUUGCAGAGGGCUGUGGUGACCAUGGCCAGCGUCUGGCUGGCCAGCACCGUCUCCAGCACCAUCUUUGUCACCUACUACCGCAACAAUGCCAUCCUCCUCUGCCUCAUUGGCUUCUUCCUCUUCAUGCUGGUCCUUAUGCUGGUGCUCUACAUCCACAUGUUUGCCCUGGCCCGUCACCACCUCCGCAGCAUCUCCAGCCAGCAGAAGCAACCCACUGUCUACCGCAGCAGCAGCCUGAAGGGCGCUGUCACCCUCACCAUCCUUUUGGGUGUCUUCUUCAUCUGCUGGGGACCUUUCUUCUUCCACCUCAUCCUCAUCGUCACCUGCCCCACCAACCCUUUCUGCACCUGCUUCUUCAGUUACUUCAACCUCUUCCACAUCCUCAUCAUCUGUAAUUCAUUAAUUGACCCCCUCAUUUAUGCCUUCCGGAGCCACGAACUCCGACGGACACUACGGGAGGUGAUGUUGUACGUCUAUAAAAAGAGGAGGAGGAGACGCGGGGCCCCGUCCCCCCGCUGCUCCCCGGUACCGCUCCUACUUCUUCCCGUUCCCGGUUCCGUUCCCGGUUCCCGUUGCACCAUGAGGGAGAUCGUCCACAUCCAAGCGGGACAAUGCGGCAACCAGAUCGGCGCCAAGUUCUGGGAGGUGAUCAGCGACGAGCACGGCAUCGACCCCAGCGGCAACUACGUGGGCGACUCGGACCUGCAGCUGGAGCGCAUCAGUGUCUACUACAAUGAAGCCUCCUCUCACAAGUAUGUCCCUCGUGCCAUCCUGGUGGACCUGGAGCCGGGGACGAUGGACAGCGUGCGCUCGGGUGCCUUUGGCCACCUCUUCCGCCCAGACAACUUCAUCUUCGGGCAGAGUGGGGCCGGGAACAACUGGGCUAAGGGACACUACACAGAAGGUGCUGAGCUGGUGGACUCGGUGCUGGAUGUGGUACGGAAAGAAUGUGAGAACUGCGACUGCCUCCAAGGCUUCCAGCUGACCCACUCGCUGGGUGGUGGCACCGGCUCUGGCAUGGGCACCCUCCUCAUCAGCAAGGUGCGGGAGGAGUACCCUGACCGCAUCAUGAACACUUUCAGCGUGGUGCCAUCCCCCAAGGUGUCGGACACAGUGGUGGAACCCUACAAUGCCACGCUCUCCAUCCACCAGCUGGUGGAGAACACAGACGAGACCUACUGCAUCGACAACGAAGCCCUCUACGACAUCUGCUUCCGAACCCUCAAGCUGGCCACUCCUACCUAUGGUGACCUCAACCACCUUGUCUCAGCCACCAUGAGCGGUGUCACCACCUCCCUCCGCUUCCCUGGCCAGCUCAAUGCCGACCUCCGCAAGCUGGCUGUCAACAUGGUGCCCUUCCCUCGCCUCCACUUCUUCAUGCCAGGCUUUGCCCCGCUGACGGCCCGUGGCAGCCAGCAGUACCGCGCCCUCACUGUCCCUGAGCUCACCCAGCAGAUGUUUGAUGCCAAGAACAUGAUGGCUGCCUGUGACCCCCGCCAUGGCCGCUACCUCACUGUGGCCACCGUCUUCCGAGGCCGCAUGUCCAUGAAGGAGGUGGAUGAGCAGAUGUUGGCCAUCCAGAGCAAGAACAGCUCUUACUUCGUGGAGUGGAUCCCCAACAAUGUCAAGGUGGCCGUUUGUGACAUCCCUCCCCGGGGGCUCAAGAUGUCCUCCACAUUCAUAGGCAAUAGCACAGCCAUCCAGGAGCUCUUCAAGAGGAUCUCAGAGCAGUUCACUGCCAUGUUCCGCCGCAAAGCCUUCCUCCACUGGUACACAGGUGAGGGGAUGGACGAGAUGGAGUUCACUGAGGCCGAGAGCAACAUGAAUGACCUUGUCUCCGAGUACCAGCAGUACCAGGAUGCCACAGCUGAGGAGGAAGGCGAGAUGUAUGAGGAUGAUGAGGAGGAGUCGGAGGCACAGGGUGCUAAGUGAUGCUUGAUAUGCCUCCACCUCACCCGCAGCCUCCUCGCCCCCAGCUUUGUGCUGCUGCAGCCCCCCCAACCCCACUCCCCUUCAGUGUCUCCUGACCCAUCCCCCCCCAGUCCUGAGCCAGCUUGGCACCCCCACCCCCACCUCCUACCUCCUCCCUUUUGUUUUUUUACUCGUUUGUGUCUAUUUUUUUUGAAUACUUA